AUGCUUGGACCAUCCACGCCAAAAAUUACAUACGUGCUACCUCACCGCGUGUUCAUCGAGCACAACGGCAACGUCGUCUCACCCUUCCACGAUAUUCCACUCUUCGUGGAUCAGAGUAAUGGGAUUCUCAACAUGAUCGUUGAAGUGCCUCGUUGGACGAAUGCAAAGAUGGAAAUUUCGAAGGAGGAAUUCUUCAAUCCCAUCAAACAGGAUAUCAAGAAAGGCAAACUUCGCUUUGUCAGGAACUGUUUCCCUCACCAUGGCUACAUAUGGAAUUAUGGUGCAUUCCCUCAGACUUGGGAAGAUCCCAAUACGACACAUGCAGAGACUAAGGCUAAGGGCGACAACGAUCCCCUGGAUGUAUGUGAGAUCGGUGAACAGGUUGGGUAUGUCGGUCAGGUCAAGCAGGUCAAGGUCAUCGUCGUUGACAUAAAUGAUCCUCUUGCGUCCAAACUUAACGACAUCGAAGAUGUUGAGCGCAACUUGCCUGGUUUGAUUCGUGCCACCAAUGAGUGGUUCAGCCGACGGGAAACCCGAAAAUGCAUUCGCCUUCUCGGCGAAGCCAAGAACAAGAAGUACGCUACGGAAAUAGUGCACGAGUGUCACGAAGCUUGGAGACGCCUCGUCUCAAACGAAAGCCUUGCUAAAACUCCUUCCUACGAAAUCUCAAUUGCAAACGUUACCGUUGAAAACUCUCUUGGAAGAGUUACUAGGAAUGAUCCCAACUACGUAGAGCUUCCACCAGACUCGAGGAAGCCUCCAGCUCCAAUUGAUCCUUCAAGUGAGUUCCAUAUCUCCUCUGCUCAAAUAUAG